AUGUUCGACAACAUCUCCAACAACUUCCACGCCCGCGAUAGCACUCAAUGGAACCGAAUCCAGAUUUACGGCAUCGGCGGCGAAAACUACGCGGUCGAACUUAACGACGCUCUCGGCCUUCCAGCUGCCAUUUCAAACUACACUUGCGGCCUCUGCUCCGACAUCCAAAUCGCCGGCGAAAACCAGCUGACUUUCACCGUCAACCAAGACGCUUUCAACGCGCAGCUUUUCGAACUUAUCGUCGAAUCUGAUGCUUUGAUUUCCCAACAGACUUCGACCAUCGUUUCUGUUUGA